UUCAGAAAAAGAAGUUAAGAACUUAUUACGAAAAGUUGGAGUUUGGUACAGUCAAACCCUUAUACCUAAAUUACACAAACCAAAUCAUCCCCUUUGAUUCCUCUGUUUGAAUCACGCACAGAUUCUCUCUCUGUUUUCUAAUCCAGAGUUCUUGAUGAACCCCAACCCUUAAUCGCACACCUCAGAAUAAGACAAAGAGAUGAAAACCUGAUAAUUGCUCGAUAUUUUAGAGUUCUUGAUAAAUCCUCUUCUUAAAUCCACACCAACGAAGAAGAAACCCUGUAAAUUGGGAUUGAAUAUCUUAUGUUUCUAGAUUGAUUAGAGAAUGAAAGUACCAAGAGGGUUUAUCGCUAAACUAUGGAGCUUCGUCUCCUUCCUUCCUUUCUUCCUCCUCCUCCUUUCUCUCGGUCUGCUUAAAGGGGUGAUAAUUGGCCCAAUUGUGGUAGUGAUAAUGGUGGUCGGAAAUUCGUCGGUAGCUAUCGGACUUUUGCCGGCGCAUUUCUUCUGGACAUACUACUGUGUUCUCAAGACUAAAAGGGUUGGAUGGGUGUUGAAAUUGCUUGUUCUUCUGUUCUUACCUCUUCCUCUUGUACUAUGGCCUGUUGUCGCCAUCGUCGGUAGCCUCCUCGGCGGAAUAGGUUUUGGGUUUUUCUCUCCGUUAAUCGCUACCUUUGAAGUUAUUGGCACAGAUCACAAAGACAAGUGCUUCCAUUGCUUUGUUGAUGGAUGUUUUUCUACACUCGAAGGAAGUUGCACUGUGGUUCGAGAUUUUACAGAUUUUUGCUUCCAUUCUUACUUCUCAUUCAUGGACGAUCUCAGUGAAGAAAUUCCCGCCGGCGAGAAACCAGUCGACAUCAGAUUAUCCAAAUUGCCAAAGAGUCUAUUCAUCAUCCCCAUCGCCAUCGCCAUCGACGUACCUCUGAUAACCGGCGUUGCUCUAUGGAAGAGUCCAUACAUGUUGAUUAUCGGAUGGAAGAGACUAUUGGAAGACUUAAUCGGGAGAGAAGGCCCUUUUCUGGAAACUGUCUGUGUGCCUUUCGCCGGACUUGCCAUCGUCUUAUGGCCUUUAGCAGUCGCCGGAGCUGUAAUCGCAUCUCUUUUCUCCAGUUUUGGUCUUGCUCUAUAUAGCGCCAUAAUCGUCCACCAGGAAGAUUCAAUCAAGUUUGGAUUUGCGUACAUCGUGGCUGUGGUUUCAUUGUUUGAUGAGUACACAAACGACUUGCUUUACUUAAGAGAAGGAUCAUGCUUUCCUAGACCAAGAUAUCGUGAGAACAUGAAAGCAUCUGAUGGAUUAGAGAGAAGGAAUUCAAUUGAUAUGAAGAACGAAAAGGAAAGCUCAAGAGGGUCAAGAUUGGUUUCACAACGUUCAAAAACUUUGAAACAGGCUCUUCAACAGUACACACCUGUGCAAGUUUGGGAUUGGUUGUUCAAGUCAUGUGAGGUGAAUGGAAGAAUACUUUUUCGCGAUGGUUUGAUAGAAGUUAAAGACAUUGAAGAAUGUAUAGUGAAGGGGAAAUGUAAGAAACUAGGGAUCAAAUUACCCGCAUGGUCUAUAUUACAGUGUCUUCUCGCUUCAGCAAAAUCUGAAUCAUCGGGUUUAAUUAUUUCGGAUGAGGUGGAGCUAACGAGGACAAAUUUACCGAGGGAUAAAGUAUUUGAGUGGUUCAUUGGGCCACUUUUGAUAAUGAAGGAGCAAAUCAAGGGGCUUGAAUUGAGUGAAGAUGAAGAGUUUUGUUUGAAAAAGCUCGUGAUGAGGAAUAAGAACGAGAGACCCGAAGAUUGGGAUGAUACCGGUUUCCCAUCCGCGGAUCAUGUCAGAAGAGCACAAUUACAAGCUAUCAUACGACGGUUGCAGGGUAUAAUGGGUUCGAUGUCUAGAUUGCCAACUUUUAGGAGGAAGUUGAAGAAUUUGGUGAAGGUAUUGUACCUUGAGGCACUUCAGUCGGGAAUUAUAGCGAGCCAGGGACAGGGUGGGGGUAGUUCGAAAAGUAGGCGUAAGGGUCAGGGUUCGGUUGGAACCGUGGACACAAAAGGUCCAAUUGUGACCCAAGAAGAGAGGCAUAGACACAACCCUCAGGUUCCUGAGGAUUUGGUAUGAUUUGUAUCGAGUUUAAUUUCCAAAUCACAUGGAUGGUGUUUCAGUUGGAUGUGGAUGCUCGUAAUGCUUUAUCAUUCGGCAUCAUUUGUAAACAGAAGGGUAAAUUGGUCAUUUACUUUCAUCGGACAUGUCAUUUGGUCCGAAAAAGAAAGUCCUAAUGUAUAUAACACUUACUUUAUCUAUUACCUUGAAUUUCACCAAA